UGGCACGACAAGUCUUCUCAACUUUCUCUUCUCUACUUUGUACACCACCUUUUCGUGUAUUUGUGCACCGGCAUUAUAUGCGAUGGGGAUUCUUGAAGCUGUAACCGGGCCAUUGGCUCAGGAAAUUUCGCAGCGGUCAACUGGCGUUGUUGUAGCUGCUGGCGUGGCAGCAUUCAUCGUUCUAUCUGUCGUUCUCAAUGUUUUGAACCAAGUGUUAUUUGCAAACCCCAAUGAGCCUCCCAUGGUCUUCCACUGGCUCCCAGUAAUUGGCAGCACUAUCACUUAUGGUAUGGACCCUUACAAAUUCUUCUUCGAUUGUCGCGCAAAGUAUGGUGACAUUUUCACAUUUGUCUUGCUUGGAAAGAAGACCACCGUAUAUCUCGGACGCAAGGGCAACGACUUUAUUCUCAAUGGCAAGCUCAAGGAUCUCAACGCGGAGGAGAUAUAUACUGUUUUGACAACCCCCGUAUUUGGCAAAGAUGUAGUUUACGACUGCCCAAAUGCGAAGUUGAUGGAGCAAAAGAAGUUCAUGAAAAUUGGCUUGUCUACAGAAGCUUUCCGAUCCUACGUCCCAAUCAUACAAAUGGAGGUGGAAAACUUUAUGAAGCGUUCUUCGGCGUUCAAAGGUCCAAAGGGAACUGCUGACAUUGGUCCCGCUAUGGCUGAAAUCACCAUCUACACUGCUUCGCACACUCUGCAAGGAAAGGAAGUCCGCGAUCGAUUCGAUACCUCCUUUGCCUCUCUCUACCACGACCUCGACAUGGGCUUCAGUCCUAUCAACUUUAUGCUUCACUGGGCCCCUCUCCCUCACAACCGUGCCCGCGAUCAUGCCCAGCGAACUGUAGCCAAAACCUAUAUGGAUAUCAUUCAAAACCGACGUGCUCAAGCUACGGAAGCAGAGUUCAAAUCUGAUAUUAUGUGGCAGUUGAUGCGCUCGUCUUACAAGGAUGGAACUCCAGUUCCAGAUAAGGAAAUCGCUAACAUGAUGAUUGCUCUUCUCAUGGCCGGACAACAUUCUUCCUCAUCUUCUAUCUCGUGGAUUAUGCUUCGCCUCGCCUCACGCCCAGACAUUAUGGAAGAACUCUACCAAGAACAAAUCCAAGUCUUAGGUGCUGAUCUCCCUGCUCUCAAGUAUGAGGAUUUGUCCAAACUCCCUCUCCAUCAGAACGUUCUCAAGGAAACUCUACGCCUCCACACCCCAAUCCAUUCUAUCAUGCGCAAAGUUACCACACCAAUGCCAAUCAGCGGAACCAAAUAUGUCAUUCCAACAUCACAUACACUUAUGGCAUCUCCUGGUUGCACAAGUCGAGAUGACGAAUUCUUCCCCGAAGCACUUGAGUGGGAUCCUCACAGAUGGGAUCUUGGUUCCGGCCGUGUUGUUGGAAAUGAUCAGGAUGAGGAAUUCCAAGAUUAUGGUUACGGAAUGAUUAGCAAAGGCGCUUCCAGUCCUUACCUUCCAUUUGGUGCUGGCAGACAUAGAUGCAUUGGUGAACAAUUCGCGACUGUACAGCUUGUCACGAUCAUGGCAACUGUCGUUAGAUUGUUCAAAUUUAAGAACAUUGAUGGCAGCAAGGAUGUGAUUGGUACCGAUUACGCAAGUUUAUUCACCAGGCCAUUGGCGCCAGCCGUUGUAGCUUGGGAGCGACGAUAAAUGAACGGAUGGAUUAAUGGAGGAUAGGUUACAAUGACGACAUGGCAUUGCGUGGAGUUUUUAAUGGUUCGAUGCUCAUAGAAAUAUUAAUAAUAUACCCUGACUUUUUAAUCUUUCAGAGGAAGGGGCCAGUUUUGGGGAAGAGGGGGGGGGGGGCAGGUAGUUGAUUGAAAGAUAUUCCCUGUAUGUUGGAGUCUUGUCAUAUAGGUCGGAUUGUGAAUUGGUGGAUUGGCACCAUCUUAAGGGGAUGAACAAUAUGAUUCGGCUGUAAUUACAUUAAUAAAGCAUUGUUCAAUGCACUCACUCACUUGUCAUUCGAGGGAAAUAUGAAGGGCGACGGAAGGAACGGAACAAGCCCGUGAUUGAUGCAAAUGAUGCCAAUGUGAUGAAGUGGAUUCUCCUCCGGAAAACGGAUAAGUGGCGGGCGGUUGACAUGCACGAGGGACCGUAAUUGGAUUGAGACCCAUGGAAUAUUGCGCAUACAUGGGA